UUAUUUCAUAUUUGUGUACCUGUAAGAAGAAUGAUCAUUAGUUUCAAAAGGGUUUUAUUGUUAUUAUGAGUAUUAUAGAUAUUAGAUAGUAAUUCUUAUAUUUAUAAUCCAUUGGUUGUUAUCUAGGAAAUUCGCAUAGUAUAAUAAAAUUCUAAUGCUCAAUUACAAAGUUUAACGGCUCGCUAGACCGCUUUGGCAAUCACAGGCCACGGCGGGUAAGGGUAUAUUGUGGUUCGAAGUUGAAACCUGGAAGUUUAACCUAGUCUAGAUUUAAAUCAAAUAAUUACAAAAUGUUGAACGGUUACAAUACUCAAGAAAAUAUGAUGAAGAAUGAAGAAAUGCAGUUACCAGAUAGUGACACAUUAAUGACAUUCAAUGAUAUAUGCAUAGACAGCUUGGCAUAUUAUACACAAAACAAUGAUUUUUCAAUUGAACUGCAGUUUGAUGAAGACACAUUGGACAUUGGAGCCGUUAAUGCUAUGAAUGCACAAAACGAAUUUAUACCAGUAACCCCUCAUGGCCCACCGGAGAGGAAAAAUUUCUCUGGAGAAUAUAAUUUCGCAGUGGAAAUUGAUGGAUCUCAUACAAUAAAAAGGAAAUAUUUGUAUUCUCACCAUCUCAACCGAAUUUAUGUGGAUAUGUUGUGCAAUUUCUCUAUAAGAUUUAAUUGGGAUUCGAGCAAGCUGGCUGGUCAGCCCAUGUAUGUACGAGCCACCACAGUGUUCUCCGAUCUAGCUCAGGCAGAGAAGAGAGUUGAACGGUGCUUUCAACACGCCCAUGAAUCUUCAAAUGCUAUGAAUCUCAGUCCAGCCGUCAUAAAGAAUGUGUUGAGGUCGAGCCGAGAGAUGGGAACUCAGGAUGUCUACUACUGUGGUCGACCGGACUUGGCUGACUCGUGGUACUCGGUGCUUGUAAGACUGUCCAAGCCCACAGAACACGCGUACCACUUUGUCUGUAAGAACAGCUGUUCAUCGGGAAUCAAUCGGAGAGCUAUUGAUAUAAUAUUCACUUUGGAAGAUGCAAUGGGCACGGUGUUCGGUCGUCAGAGUGUGGGCGCUCGGGCGUGUUCGUGUCCGCGACGUGACAUUUUACGAGACGAGGGAGAUAUCAAGAAUAAGGAAAAGCGACCGGCGCCACCUCGGGAGGAUAAGAGCAAGAAGGUUCGCAUUGAAGUGGUCACAAAAAACGAAGCAAAUGCGACUACCGAGGUUAAAACUAAAAAGCCCCUGAAAGUAGACAAACAAGAAACAGAUGUUGAAGACGACACAAUCGUAUCAUUGCCAGCUAUGGAUAUUGUUGGUGUGAGGGCGGCAAUAUCGGGUCUCAGGGUGUCACUCACCAUGAUGGAGCAGGCGCGGACAUAUAAGCUCAUGAUGCAGAAACACACCGAAGCAAUAGACAGAUGUAUCACGCAUCUGAAGGCACUCAUUGAAAACUUGGAGAGUUCAUUGACUGUGAAAGCCAACCCUCCUUAAAAAAUACUCACACAUAUUGUUAACUUUAUUCUUUUACAUUUACAAGAAUUAGCUCAACAUAAAAAGAUGUAAAAUGUGUGUCUAUUAACUAGAGCGCUGUCGUGCAGCAGGUGUUGUCGGUCAUUGACCUAUUUACAACCUGAACUGACCUCUUAGUCGCUCAUACAGGGGCGUACGUCAUUUCGAUUUACAAUAUGGAAAAGCAUAUAUACUACUUAAGAAAUAGGGAAUUUUUCAAAACCAUUGACCAUUGGCUGUUAAAUUUAAAAAAAGUUCAAAGAAAUUUCAAUCAAUAUUACUUUUAACUGCCGUUUCUUAUUGAAUUUUACCGAGGACCGAUGUAUAUCAACGGCGAAGGACACCAGUUGGUCAAAAAUCUAUCAGCCCUUAGAAACUGAGCAGAUGCAUCUAAUCUAGUUAAAAUCACUUUAGUCAAGUAGGUCAAGGAAAUUACAUUUGGCCAUAGUUUAUUCGUAACGAUAUAGUACAAUAAAACAAAAUUGAGGAAUAUUAUUUUCUAUACGUCACAAAGUGGUCCCAACUCAGCAUGUUUGCUGGUUUGAAAAACAGCUCUUAUCUUCCGUUGGGCAAUUUGGUGACGUCGCCUUAAAGAUAAACUAAAAUAAAGUAACUAAUGAUAAUUUAUGUAUAUUUAUUAUGUGAUAGGAGCCGUAUCGAGAUACGCAACGCUAUAGGUCGUUUUUUAACGUAUUGCGUGUGUUACAUUUUUAACUUUUCGUAUUGGGUUGGUGUUCUGCUCGCUUCUUCACCUAUUUCCAUAAAAAACUAAGUUAAUGCCCAUGUUGAAAGCACUAUUAUCAAGUUUAAGUUUUACAACUCUUUUAGAUAUUUGUGAUAAAGAUAAGUUUAUUUGUUUCAGUGACUAAUCAUGUUAUAAGCGAUGUAAAUGAGUGCAAAUAAAAAAAAACCAGUGACAAUAAUAAAGUAGCGACAACUAGUCAAUAGACACGUCAUUGCAGCUCUUUUUCAACACUUAUUCCAUUAAAUAUAAGGGACCAAUGUUGUGGGUCUAGAAGUCUUAUAGUAAGUAAUAAGUAAGAUAGGUUUUUAAACCCAAUUUAGAUUUAACGAGUACUAUUUGUUUUAUGAUUAGGUAUAUUUUUAUGUUCGAUAUUUUGUGCCAAAAUUAUGACGAAUAUAAUUUUUGAAGCCGUUAUUAUUGAGGCACUUUUUUAGAAUAAUAACUUUUGUUUCGUUUUAAUUAGUUCUUAUUUUUAUUAAGAUUAAACCAUAGUGCCUUAUAAGAAUGUACUUCCAUAUGUUUUAUUAAUUUGUGCUAGUUUUAAUAAUAAUUUACUAUAUUAUAUAUGUAUCCAGAUAUUAUUUCACAAAUAAAAUUUGAAACCAGAUUUUAUAACGAUGCGGGACUUGAACCCGUGACAUAUCGUUGAUAAAUCUUGUAUGCCUUGUUAAACUCUAAGGUUGUGGCUUCAAGUUGGAAGAGCGCUCGCACGGAACGCGACAGGUCGCUGGUUCUAGUGCCGCAUCAUUCAUAAAUGUUGUUUUCAAAUUGUAUUUGUGUAAUUAAUCCCAGAUGUGAGGGUUAUCACUUUAAAAAAAUAUAACAAAUUGUUAAGAUAUAAUUAUUCACUAAUACAUAUUUUAAUCGUAUUGCCUGUCACGUUAAAAGGGUUUAAUUUAAGAAUUUAUUGGUUCAAUUCUAUUAAACCCGUAAUAACCCACCAGAUGUAGCUAUUUAUUCCGACAGACAAAUGUGUGAUAUUCAAAUUUUAUUGAUUUUAUAACUAUAUUUACAAUACUGAGAUUACAUUAAAUUUAAACUGUCAUUGUUCCAAGAAUACUGGCAGCAUUUCCACAUUGGAUAGCUAGGCUGAUCCGUUGACCGAAAUAGCUGCUAGCGCCUAGGUUGCGAGUAGCCUUAUUGAGGUGAGAAGAUUUUUGGUUUUGAACUGAAACUCUGGCUUUGAUUUUUAUAUUUGUUCUAUUCCUGCUUAUAAUAUCAUGUAUAAUAAAUUUACGAUGAUGCAAUUCUUACUAAUUUUGAGAUAAUAUGUAAUUAUACUUAAUCUGUCCUAUUAAUAAACGCAGUGUAAAUUUACUCCCAAGUUUAAAAUUACUUAUUAACUGUAUUAACAAACGGUGUUAUUACAAAAAAAAAAAUUUAAACAUGGAUAGUGACCUAACUAUAACAACGUCAGUGACCUUAACAAUAGUGACGUCUAAAAUGGUAACAGCUUUUGUGUUCAACUAAAAUGUCGUUAGACACAACAUAAAAUUAAGUGUACAAGACCAGUUAAAGGAAUGCAAUGCCAUUAUUGUCAGCUGUCAUCAUAUAUAACCUAAAUUUUCCAUAAGAAUAUGAUCUUUCCGUUCGUUACACACACCUUAGACAAGCUUCGACUCAUGUUGAAGUAUACACAAUGUCUAAAGAUUGAACGCUAAACAACAGAAAGACACAGAUUGCUAAUAAAACCUUUUUGAAAUAAGUGUUCAACGCAUGUUUAACUUUUUUUUUUUGUUAUAAAACAGUAUAAGUCUUAAAGGGGGUGGCGAGAAUGGACCCACAUAAUUUAAAAAUUAAGGAAGCAUCGUACAAGUUUAUACUAAUAAUAAACUUAAGUUACGAUGUUUAUACAAAAAUAAUUGAGGCGGUAAGAUAUGGGAGUCAAAAGAAAUAAAUUAUUAAAAAAAUAAGUCAUCUUGCACUAACGGAACGUUUUGCGCAAUUGUCAUUUAAAUUUUUUGUGACAUUUUUGAUAUGGAUUUUCCGACACCAUCAAAUUAUCUAUACCUACUCAAAAUCAGUAAUUCAGUGGUAAUUCAAAAUAAGAUUCACUAUGAUUAUUAUUGUUUUAUGAUUCUAAAAUCAGUAGGUAUCUACAAGAUUCGAUACCUGCUUGAAAAAAGAAUGAAUUGUGAAUCCUCAAUUAUUAGCUGCUGGCCAACCUUUCUCAUAUAUAUUAUAUUAUCUAUUAGCAGACAGUAAUUAGGCAUAAGACGCAAAUUAUUGAUUGAACAAGUAGAUAUCGUUUAAUAAUUUUAGGUUAUAUUUUACUUUUAGGUAUAUUUUUUUUUCUCCCACUUUUUAUACUUACGAUUUGCUUUUUUCUUAGUUUUGUUACGAUCUACAAUUAUUUAUAAGUUUCCAUGAUGUACACCACUUAUUUCAGUGGGUCACAAAUUCCUUUGGAGUAACUUUACUUUGCGUUUAUUUAUUACAACUUUAUCAUGACGUGGAUCUGAUUACAUCGAUUUAAGGAUUAUGAUUACCGCACUCAUAUGUGCUGUGACAUUCAUAUCAAUUAUGUUUGUAAAUGCAAUCAAUUAAGUUAAUAACAAAGAACAGUGUUACCAACUUAUCUGUGAACUGAUGGGUGACGCCAUCGUAGUUUCAGUGUUGCUAAUUAUAUUAUUAUUUUGUUUUAUAUAUAUUAUAUAUUACACGCUUAAAAUUCAGAAGUAUCGCAAUAAAACACACAGAACACUCGAAAGUAGUGGACACUGACAGUCGAAUGAUAUUUCAACGUGGCGACCGUAGUUCCUAUUUUUGCCACUUCACAGAUAAGUUUGUAUUACUAUAAGUCCAGUUCUUUCCUUGAGGUGUGUCGAAAAACGUAUGAAACCCGUAUGUUUUGAUCAAAAUACUCGGUCACCUUAUCGAGAGUGCCCGUAGCUCACACGCAUAAUACUAUCCUUAGCGUAAGGACGGUUGCCUGUCACGUAGAUUUAUUUCCGCGUGCGGAGCUAGUCGGCAUGCGUUAACUAAGAACGCUCCUGGCCAUACGCAAGACAAUUAUGUCCCACCUGCAACAAAUGCUAUACGCAAGACAAUGACCAAUCCGCGUUCCUGGCGCGUGAUAGGAAACAAACGUUUAAAAUAAUAGGGAUGCGAAAGGAAUUCCGCGUGACAGGAAAACCACCCUAGUGGCCAUUUGAUCGGAGAUCAUCGUAUACCUAAUAGAUCUCACCGUUGUAUAUUAAGAAUCUCCAUUUUUAGCUCACACUAAACAUUAAUACCACUUGAAAAAUACUCGAAUAACAUUACAAUAAUUGAUGGGCCGAAUGUGGUUUGAACUGAAUACGAAACUUCGGUCGAACAUUUUUCGAACAGAUGAAACAUUAAUUGAUAUGGAAAUAAAUUCUCAUACUUAUAUAUAAAUUACUAAUUGCACACUUAUUGAAUUAUCUGCGAGUGUCAUUUUCUUAAUUGCCUUCAUGUUCCGCCUUUAGUUUUAAAACACUUUUUUUUAAAUUUCAGUUACAUGCUUAAGUUCUAUAUUCUAUAUUAAUAAUUGGGCUGUCCUCAAAACCACGGAAGGAAAGUAUUACGUUAUUAGUAAAUAAUUUACUCUGCAUUUAUAUGAUCAAAGGAAAUGUGAACAAUCAUUGAUAAAUUAAUAAUCGAGAUUUCUUCCACGUACUACAAAGCUGUGGAAUGAGAUUCCUUGUGCGGUGUUUCGGGGACGAUACGACAUGGGCACCUUAAAAAAAGGGGCGUACACCUUCCUUAAAGGCCGUCAACGCUCCUGUGAUUCCUCUGGUGUUGCAAGAGAAUGUGGGGGCGGUGAUCACUUAACACCAGGUGAUCCUUACGCCUCCUCUUCCAUUAAAAAAAUAUGAUUUUGAAUAUAAUAGUCAUACAAAACUACACUCCUUAUUAUAAAGUACCAACCAAAGUGUGAAUCCUCUGCUGUUGCAAGUACCUACAUAAAAACAAUUAUACUGGCACUAUAAUAUGUAUUGUUAAUCAAUGUUUUGUAACAGUUUUCCUUUAGUAAAAUAAUUUAAAUUUGUCUUUCGUAAGGCCCAGUUUUAAUUAAGUGAGUAAAUUUUUUUUGACAUGUUUUUGAUUUUUUAUGUAAAUUUUUGUAGUAAGUACCUAAUUGUGUUGAUCGUAGACUUACAGCCGUCCCCAAAAUUCAGUCUAUCUCUUACUUGAGAUAAAAAUCGUAACUAUCGUUGACUUUUCUGUCCCAUUAAACUUAUCGACGGUAACUCACCUUAUCCGUACAAACUGUCUUACAAUGGGACGACGUAUAGCUUACCAGCGAUAGAAGUUUGUAUGGAAAUUGCAAUUCACGCGUCCCAAUAUAAGGUGAUAAGAGUGACUUAUCAGGACAGCUUCAGAUUAUUGACAGCUAAUUACUGACAGAAGAAGGUAGUAAUUUAAUCUGUAGAUAGUAUAUUGGGAAUGGCUGUAGUGUAUACGACAGCCUGUUAGAGAUGUCCUCUCUCGAAUGUGUUGUUUGUAUCCCUCUAGUAUAUUGUAAGUCUAUGGUGUUGAUAAACUAUUAUUAUUAUGUUCUAUGACAGAACCUUUGUUUACUCUCAACACAAAAUAAAGUUACAUUAUUUCCUA